UUAAGGUCGAGGUGUAUGACUGGGAUCGAGAUGGAAGCCACGAUUUCAUUGGCGAAUACACCACCAGCUAUCGCGAGCUCGCCCGAGGUCAGAGCCAGUUCAACGUGUAUGAGGUAGUGAAUCCAAAGAAGAAGAUGAAAAAGAAGAAAUACGUCAAUUCUGGCACGGUGACACUGCUGUCUUUUUCCGUGGAGUCUGAAUUCACUUUCCUCGAUUACAUCAAAGGAGGGACCCAAAUCAAUUUCACGGUGGCCAUUGAUUUUACCGCUUCUAAUGGUAACCCUUCCCAGUCUACAUCCCUCCACUAUAUGAACCCCUACCAGAUGAAUGCCUAUGCCAUGGCACUGAAGGCUGUAGGAGAGAUCAUCCAGGACUACGACAGUGACAAGAUGUUCCCCGCACUGGGAUUUGGGGCAAAAUUACCCCCGGAUGGACAUGUGUCCCAUGAGUUUCCUCUGAACGGUAAUAUUGAAAACCCCUAUUGUAAUGGGAUUGAGGGGAUCUUGGAGGCGUACCACCAGAGCUUAAAGACUGUCCAGCUUUAUGGACCAACAAACUUUGCACCUGUGGUUAACCACGUAGCCAGGUAUGCGGCAGCUGUCCAGGACGGAUCACAGUACUUUGUCCUUCUUAUCAUCACAGAUGGAGUCAUAUCAGACAUGUCCCAGACCAAAGAGGCCAUUGUGAAUGGAGCCAAGCUUCCCAUGUCAAUCAUCAUUGUUGGAGUGGGACAAGCAGAGUUUGAUGCCAUGGUGGAGUUGGACGGUGAUGACAUAAGGAUUUCUUCACGAGGAAAACUAGCAGAACGUGACAUUGUUCAGUUUGUGCCGUUCCGGGACUACAUGGACCGGACUGGUAAUCAUGUGUUAAGCAUGGCUCGGCUGGCCAAAGAUGUCCUGGCAGAAAUCCCUGACCAAUUUAUUUCAUACAUGAAGAGCCGAGGCAUCAAGCCUAACCCAGCGCCGCCUCCUUACACGCCCUCAGGACACACACACCACACACAGAUAUGAGGUAGGCCUUUCCCGGAGUGUGUUUCAAGGUGUGAUCAGCAUCACAUCGCAACUCCUUGGAAUUAUGGAAUUUGACUGAUGGAGGAGCAGCAGGCCACUGGCUCCGU